GGGCGGUCAGUGGAACCAUCUUCCACCAGUUCCGACAAUGCUGCUUAAUAAAUACUACUCCCUUCCUCUCUCUUUUGUAAUCAGUUGAGGGAGGGUUAUACAGGCUAAAGAAAUCUGAGAAAAAGAAACAGAGGAAGAGUCUCAGAAAGACGCUAUCAAUGGCAACCAAGCAGGAAGAGCAACAAAACAACCAGGCCGGAAGACAUCAGGAGGUCGGCCACAAGAGUCUCCUCCAAAGUGAUGCUCUCUAUCAAUACAUACUUGAAACCAGCGUGUACCCCAGAGAACCAGAGGCCAUGAAAGAGCUCCGAGAGUUGACAGCGAAACAUCCAUGGAAUAUCAUGACAACCUCCGCCGAUGAAGGUCAGUUCUUGAACAUUCUCCUCAAACUCAUUAACGCCAAGAAUACCAUGGAGAUCGGCGUUUACACCGGAUAUUCUCUUCUUGCAACCGCCCUUGCCCUCCCCGACGAUGGAAAGAUUUUGGCUAUGGACAUCAAUCGGGAGAAUUACGAGUUGGGCCUGCCGGUAAUUCAAAAGGCGGGAGUAGCCCACAAGAUCGAUUUCCAGGAAGGCCCUGCUCUGCCUGUUCUCGACCAAAUGAUCGAAGACGGAAAGUAUCAUGGGACGUUCGAUUUCAUAUUUGUGGACGCGGACAAGGACAACUAUCUCAACUAUCACAAGAGGCUAAUAGAGCUGGUGAAGGUCGGGGGUGUAAUUGGGUACGACAACACCCUCUGGAACGGGUCGGUGGUGGCUCCGCCGGACACGCCCCUCCGUAAGUACGUCAGGUAUUACAGGGACUUCGUGUUGGAGCUUAACAAAGCCCUGGCUGUGGAUCCCAGGAUCGAGAUCUGCCAGCUCCCCGUCGGCGACGGUAUCACUCUCUGCCGCCGCAUCAGCUGAUUUCAAGUCUCAACCUGAAUCCUACUUCCAAAUUCAUCAAAAUAGAAAGGAUUGACCAUAAGAAAGAGCAAUGGAAUUCUCUUUUUUCUUUUCUUCCUUUUUGUUUUUCCUUUUCAUUUGCCUGUUCUUUAUUGGGGUUGUUGAUGUAAUACUGUUUACCGUUUAUCGAGUAUUGAGGGAUAUGGUUAUUAUUUUAUUUCA